AUGCAUUCAGUGCAUUUGCAGACAAGGAGGACAAUGUCGUUACUGAGAACAGCACAACGUUUGUGGUCGUGUGGUGCUCAGUUGAAGGUGAACGGUGAGAUACCGUUGAUUGUCUACCAUUCAACUAGAUCCAAAUUGAGGGUGGUUGUGGCCGAUGUGCCUGGACCAAUGGUCAAAUGCGUUAUCUCAUUUGCGACCGAAACGAACACAGACGAUGGAUUACCACACACACUCGAGCAUUUGGUGUUUAUGGGUAGUGAGAAGUAUCCGUACAAAGGAGUGCUGGAUAUAAUAGCGAAUCGUUGUCUUGCAUCGGGCACUAAUGCAUGGACCGAUCAGGAUCAUACUGCCUAUACGUUGAGUACCGUAGGCAGCACGGGCUUCUUGAAAAAUGAACAAUAUAUAACCGAAGUGCACCACAUCAAUGGUAAUGGUGAAGAUGCGGGUGUUGUGUACAGUGAGAUGCAAGAUCAUGAGUCUGACAUGCAGGAGAUCGUAUCGAGACAUCGCAAGGAACUCUUCUAUCCCGAAGGAUGUUCGUAUCGUGUUGAAACCGGUGGUCGUCUACCGAAUCUGCGUAGCUCUUGUUGUAACGAUAAAGUCCGCGAGUUUCACUCAAAAUUCUAUCACUUAAGCAAUAUGAUGAUUGUUGUUUGUGGAAUAAUUGAUCACCAAAAACUACUCGAUACAGUCUCUGGUGUUGAAGAGAAUUUACUGGAUAGGAUACCGAAAUCUUUUGAGAGACCAUUUCAAGACGAAAUACCGAAAAUAGAUGAAUGUCGUGAGGCAUCUAUUGAAUGCCCAUCAGAUGAUGAGCAACGUGGAAUUGUCUCUAUUUCGUGGAUGGGGCCAACUGCUUCGGAUUUGUAUACGACGAAAGCACUGGAAGUGUUAUUCGAUUAUAUGGAAAAUACGGCAGUGGCACCGUUGCAAAAAGACUUCAUUCAAAUGGAAGAUCCAUUCGCAAGUUCGGUGUAUUUUUCGUUAUCCGAACAGAGUACAUCCGAAAUCGUUAUAUCAUUCGCUGGUGUUCCGAUUGAAAAAUUAGAAGAUAUUAAGAAAAGAUUGUUCGAUAAGACAAUUGUGGAACAUUUGGAUGCAGAGAAGUUCGAUAUGGAACGACUCGGUUUCAUUAUUGAACAAUCAAUUUUGAAGUCGUAUCUGAAGAUGGAAACAUCGGGUCAUGACAAAGUAUUCGAUUUGAUGAUUGGACAUCAGCUGUACGGUAGUGAUGAAGAGCAAUUAGCUGAACGAAUUGAUGAAGUUGGUAUGUUGCGGAGACUCAAAAAUGAAUCGUCAUCGUAUUGGAGUGAUCUUGUCCGAGCGUAUCUGAACGAUCGUUGCGUUUGCGUUGUUGGUAAACCAUCGAAAGAGAAAGUCGAAGAAUACACUGCGAUUGAAGAAGAAAGAUUGGCAAAACAGCGAAAUGAUUUGGGUGAGGAGGGUCUGUCGAAAUGUGAGGAAAUCCUACAAGAGGCGAUCGAUAAGAAUACGGCGUUGAAACCGUCAGCAGAGGUGUUGGAUGAGCUGAUCGUUGAUGAAUUGGAGAAGUUCAACACAUUCGACAUAUCGACGAAAUGUAAUCAAAAACGACCGUUCAGCGAUAUUCCUCUCAUUCAAAAACUUCCCUUCACGGCUUAUAUUCAUCGUUCACCCACUAAAUUCGUCGAGCUUUCAUUGAUUUGGGAUACGGACAAGAUAGCUGAAUCGAAGCGGAUGUGGCUAAUGUUAUGGUUUGAACUGAUGUUCGAAAGUCCAGCACGAGUUGGUGAUAAGGUUCUAUCCUAUGAAGAAGUAUCAAAAUUGUUCACCAAAGAUCUCAUCAAACAAUCGAUUCAAAUCGGAGUUUCAUGUUACUAUAAUCGAUUUGUUACGCUUAAAAUGAAGGUGUCAUCGGACAAGUAUCUGAUGUUAGAGAAAUGGGCAAAAAUCUUUAUGGAUGGC